UCGUUUUAUGCUACGACGCCGACGACGCUUAGUAGCAAUAUUUAAAUAUAUGAACACGCUAGUACAGAAGCCUAAACCUUUGGUAACACCAAAGAUCUGGAAACGAGAUGAAAUUCUCACAUUUUUGGACAUUUUUGAAUCAACCUUCCAUGCAUCGGUAUCGCAUCCGUUCGACUCCGAAACGGACAUGUGGAAAUGCAUUUCCGAUAAACUACUAGAACAGGGCAUAACUGCAUCCGCUCAACAUUGUCAAAAUAAAUGGAACUUUCUGUACAAAACUUACGUGAACAAUCAAAAUCGACAGGGUGCUUUUUACGCAAAGAUCAAGCAAAUAGUCGAGUUUUCAAAAGAACUCAGUGAUCAGCAGGAUGAGCCUGAGCCCGUCACUAGCGAAGAACAGCAGGAUGUGGAGACUGAAAUUAUAGAAGACCUUGAAACGGACACCUUUAUGAAGCAGGAGGACUUUAGUCAUAUUGAAGGGCAAGUGGCGGAAGUAUCGGUAGAAGAAAGUUUUGAAGAACAUGAACAUCUAGACGAAAUAGCUACUUCAAACAUACCUGACCGUCAUCCCGAUGUGCAGUGUGAUAACCGGAAUAAUUUAAUUGAAGUGGAAGUAUCAGCAAAAAAGAGAAAACUAUCCAGUAAUGUAGAUAAUUUUGAACAGAAUACUAGUGUAAAAAUGGACGAAAAUGUAGAUACAAAGGAUAUUCUUCUCACAAUUCUGAGUAGAAUUGAUGCCAUUCACAAGGAACAAAUUGACCAAGGACGUCGUUUGGAGAUCAUCGAAAGGCGACAAAACGAGAACAGGCAGAUAUUGUUAAAUGUAAAGGAGCAUCUUGAAUUAAAGUAA